AUGCUAGAGUCGUUAAAAGUUGAGAACGAGAAUCUUCGAGCCCGCGAUGUGGGGAAAGUAACAGAAAUCCUAACCUUAAGAAUGGAUGGGGAUGAUGGAAAUGACACUGGUUCAAAUUCUGACGUCAAUAGCAUAGACAAUGGGGCUUCUGGUAUCAAAGCUAAGACGUCUACAGAAGAAAUCAAUACCACUCUUGACGUUUCAAAUCGGUCAGAAUCAGGCCGCACUUCCAGUAACUCUCACAUUGUGAAUGUUUCUGGCUUCGAAAGGCGGAAUCGACAGGUGUUGAAUCGUGUCACAUUUGCAGUAAGUUGA